GGGGAUAUCGGUUUUCAGUGAGGAAGUUGAGGACGGAUGGGGAGGGGGAAGUGGUGAGGGUUGUGGAGUGGGAGAAGAGGUCGUCGAGGUCGAGGCCGUCGUCGGCUGAGUCCGGGAGUGAGAUGAAGGGGGAUCGGUUUGUGUUGAGUAUUGCGGAUACAACACAGUCGGGGUUGCGGCGGCCGUGGUUGGCGACAUUGACGAGGAAGGGGUUCAAGGUUGGUGGGUGGAAUCGGGCGCAGAGGGAAUAUUUGUCUUCGGCAUUACGAGGGCAUGGAGAUGUUGACGAGGAUGCGGCGCUGUACACUUGCCUGUUAACGAUGGGAGUUUGUGUGGCGGCGCAGGAGGGUUGGGUGAAUCAAUAUGUGUGAAAAAGGUUGUAUGCUCAUUUGUAUGUUUCAUUCUGAUUUAAUUCUAGCCAUCUUAAGAAUGAAUAGGAAGCUUGAUACCCCCGGCAAGUUAUGUUCAGUGAUUA